AUGGCCGCCACAAAUUCGCGACAACAGCGUACGCUGAUCCUCGAUAUCGGCGAUGUGCUCUGCCACUGGUCUACCGAUAACCUCACUGCCAUUUCUCCUAAGCACUUCCAUAGUGUCAUCCGGUCACCGACAUGGGGCGAGCUGGAACGCGGCCAUAUCAGCGAGAAGGAAGCUAUCAAGACUAUCAGCGAAGAGCUCUCUCUCGACCCACAUGCCAUUCACAAAGGGCUCAUGCAGUGCCAUGAAACAUUGCGUGUCGACCAAACACUUACAACCCAGCUAAAAGAUCUUAAAGCGGAGCUAGGUGGACGUCUCAAGGUUUAUGCCAUGAGCAACAUCGCCAAAGAACAUUUCGCUCUUGUCAAGACUUUGCUGCAUGACUGGGACUUGUUCGAUGGCGAGUUUCUAUCCUUUGAGGUUGGUAUGACGAAGCCUGAUUUGGAAUUUCACAAACACGUUCUGGAUAGCAUCGGCCUGAGCGACCCUUCUUCAGCAAUCUUUGUAGACGAUAAAAUCGCCAAUGUCAACGCAGCCCGCACCUUUGGAAUUCAAGGCAUGGUCUUCGACUCCUCGGCUGCUCUUAUUCGUCAGUUGCGCAACCAGCUGAUGGAUCCUAUUGCGAGAGCACCUUUUUCCCAAUUCCUCAUACACAUUGAGUUGAAUGAUGAUAGCGUUAUCAGUCUUUCAUCGCCUAACGCAUCCCAUGCCGAGAUCAAAGCGGAUAUCAAACAGGCCCGCGAUGAAGCGAGGAAAGGGAAUUUCUUCAUUGGUGAUCGAGUCGGCACAACGGAAACCUACCCCGUGGAUGUCGACGAUACAGCACUCGCCUUGCUUGCAUUCAGGCCACCUGUGGCUUCGGCCAAUCCGAUCUUGGACCGUAUAGUUGAGAACAGACAUACUAAAGACGGCCUCAUCAUGAUUUACUUCGAUGAACGGCGCCCCCGCGCAUGCCCAUUCAUUAUGGUCAACGCUGUCCGUGUUCUCUAUCGAUAUGGACGCGGCGCAGACGUACAGCCCGAGCUUGAACACAUCCGUCGCAUCCUUCUGAAUCGUGGCCAUAUCGAUGGCUCGGAACAUUACCUUGCCAGCGAGACUUUUCUGUACUUUCUAUCGUGUCUCAUCGAUGACAAUCCGACUGCAUCUGAGAUCCAGUCACUACGUCAACCAACGGUCGAGGCUUUACGUGAUCGUGUUAAUCGCCCUGGAGAUUCUUUCGUAAUCGCCUCACGUGUGCUGGCAUGCCAGAAAUUGAAUGUGAGUACCCAGUCGGAUAUUCAACGUCUCAAAGAGUUGCAGGAAUGUGACGGUGGUUGGGAGAUGGGAUGGAUAUCUCGUUUUGGUAGGAGUAAGAAGAUGAUCGGAAACCGAGGGAUACCUACAGCGUGGGCCAUCAAGGCGCUCGAUUACCAAGAGGCGCUUGAGCAUGAAGCUCAGCCCUAG